GCCCCUUCCUGCGUGGGACGACAGGGGUACGUACAGGGAUGGCGACUUCCAUCCUUCCAGAGGUGUUCCUGCCCCGCCCAAGCCCAAGACGCGAAAACUAAUUGCUUCUCGUCCCGUCGCGUCUCAAUAAUUACGACUGUCUAAACCGCCACGAUCCGUCUAGGGCUGCUUGACGACAUCUAGGCUCGCUCGUGCACAGAACUCCAUGAAUCAGAUUCUCGGUCAACAUCACCUGCACUUCGGCCUUAGCUUCUGUAGUGUCGACCUACGGUAGCUUGCCUCACAUGUCGACCACAUUGGCUUAGUCACCUUUCACGCCACUCACCACCAACCUGACGAUGCCCCGAAUUAAGAUGGAGGGCGUCAAGGCCGAGCCGCCGAAUGUCAACUUGCACGAACUGCCCAGGGUCCCCGAUACGGUCCUACAGCAGGCGGCAGGAAGUUCAAAUCCUUCAGCAUCUACCGCUGUCCCAUCUUUAGCAACUGCCCAACCCAAUGCUUCUCUUCCUCAUAUCAAGCCUGAACCGGGCUCUGCGGCAGUCGUCAAGGAAGAGCAAGCCGACCCCGUUCUCAACCCCGCCAGCCCAACCAACGAAGGUCUAACUUCUGUCGAAGAACCUGAGCAAUCUACCGCCCAAGAUGAAGUCCCCGAUUUCCUGGAGCAAUGGACAACAGAAACCUCCCCUGAGAUACUUGAACAAGGCGUCAAGAUCGGCUUAGAGGUCCUCGAAAGCCUCAAGGUUCCCCUCAGCCUCACCGCUUCUCUCCCAGGCACGCAGGCUAUGACAUGGGUCAGGGCAAUUGAGGACCUCAAGGCCCGCUCUCGGCCGUCCAAAACCAUUGUUGGCGUCGUGGGCAACACAGGUGCUGGCAAGAGCUCUGUCAUCAACGCCCUGCUCGACGAGGAGCGACUUUUACCGACCAACUGCUUGCGCGCCUGUACCGCUUCGCCCACUGAGAUCUCCUAUAACGACUCCGAGAACCCCGAGGAGCUCUAUCGCUCAGAGAUUGAGUUCAUUUCCGUCGAGGACUGGAAGAAGGAGCUCAAGAUUCUAUUCACUGAUCUUCUCGACGAUAGCGGGAACAUUUCACGCGAAUGCUCUAACGAAGACAGCGAGGCAGGCAUCGCCUACGCCAAGAUAAAGUCUGUCUACCCUAAUAAAACAAAAGAGAUGAUUGCUCAGAGCGACCCUGACCGUUUGGUCAAUGAGCCUGCUGUCGCCCGUGUUCUUGGCAGCGUCAAGAAGCUGCGAGCAACCACCGCGAAGGACUUGUACGCAAGCAUGCAGCGCUAUGUGGAUAGCAAGGAGAAGAACCCGCACAAGAAGGACGUUCCCAUGGAGUUCUGGCCCCUGAUCAAAGUUGUCCGGAUAUUUACAAAGGCAAACGCCCUAUCUACUGGUGCCGUCAUUGUCGAUCUUCCUGGUGUCCAGGACUCCAACGCAGCUCGUGCUGCGGUCGCACAGAACUACAUGAAGGCAUGCACCGGUCUUUGGAUUGUUGCUCCUAUCAACAGAGCCGUCGACGACAAGACAGCCAAGUCACUCCUGGGUGAUUCGUUCAAGCGCCAACUCAAGUACGAUGGUAUCUACUCGGCUGUUACGUUCAUCUGCUCGAAAACAGAUGACAUCUCAGUGACUGAGGCUGCUGAAAGUCUUGAUAUUGAGUCUGAUAUCUCUGCUUCUUGGUCCAAGAUCGAGAAGCUACGGGGCGAACUUCGAGAACUCAAGCGAAAGCUCAAUGACGCCAGGGAAGAGAAGUCGGACCUCGUCGACGGCCUGGAGCAAAUUGACACGCUUUGGGACAAGUGGGACGACCUCGCCAGUAAAUAUGCGGAUGGAAAGACCGUCUUCGCCCCCUCAGAGAGCAAGAAACGCAAACGUGGAGCUACCACAUCCAAGAGCCGGAAACGCAAGUCAUCUUACUCCAGUAGCAGCGAGUCAGAUGAUUCGGACUACAACUCGGAUAGUGAUAAGGAAAACGACCCCGACAGCCAAAACCGGCAGCCUUUAACAGAGGAUAAGAUCCAUGAGAAGCUGGCGGAUCUGAAGAACCAGAAGAAGGAAAUCCGACAGCGACGCAAGGAGGUGGAUGCCGCGCUGUCCAACAUGCGGCAGGAAAUCAAGAGUAUUCAGGCAGAGGAAGAGCGGCUGCUUGGGGCAGCCAAGGCGGUGUGUAUCCAGGGGAGAAACAACUACUCCAAAGGCGCCAUUCAGCGUGACUUUGCCAUGGGUAUCAAGGAGCUGGAUCAAGAGGCUGCAAUCGAGGAAGACGAAGAAACAUUCAAUCCCGACGAGGAUAUCCGUGACUAUGACGAGGUCGCCCGCAACCUGCCCGUCUUCUGUGUGAGCAGCCGCGCUUACCAGAAGAUGCGGGGACGGUUGCAGAAGGAUGAUUUCAACAAUGAUGGCUUCCGGGAUGUCAACGAAACAGAGGUUCCUCAACUUCAGCAGCACGCUAAGAAGCUCACCGAAGGCGGCCGCGCUGCUGGUGGCCGUCGCUUCCUCACCGAACUCAGCCAACUCCUCAACUCAAUGAAGAUGUGGGCUGCCAACGAUGGAUCGCGGUCUCACUUAAGCCAACGAGAGUUGCAGAGUGAGGGCACCCGUGUGCGAAUGCAGCUUGCUACACUGGACAAUGACUUCGCCAAAGCUGUCGAUAACUGCAUCGUUUCCGUGAAAGACGCCCUGUCGGAGAGCAUCUACGACUACUUUGACCUAUCGAUUCCUAUGGCAGCCAGCGCGGCUGGCCCUACGGCAUCCGGCUGGGGUGCCCAUCGCAGCGAAGGUGGAAUGUUUUGGGCCACGUACAAGGCAACAUGUCGCCGGUCGGGAGUUUAUUCGGGCGCAUCUGGUCCUCGCGACUUCAACGCAGAGCUGCUCGAGCCGAUCUCUCGACAGCUAGCGAGUGGUUGGGAACGGGCUUUCCAACGUCGACUGCCAUCGGCCUUUGAGGGCUUCGCUAUGAGCUAUGAGCGCUCGCCUUCUACUAGAGGGCUUCCAUGGCAGCGUCAUUGCACGAUCCCAAGAACUGGGUGCCGAUUACAACGGCAUCAACAUGCUCAGUACGCAGCUGCGAGCUCACACCGCCCGUCUCAGAGAGAUCCCUGGGACACUUCGCACAGUCGUCCAAGAGUUGCAGCGUGAGGCUAGCCGCGGCUUCCACCCUGUUGUUCAGCGGGAAAUGCAGCCGGCUUACGACAUUUGUGUCGCCGAGUCAGGUAAGCCAGCCUGCCACCGCUUGUUUCCAGGUAUCCGUCAACUAACUACCAAUAGGCCCUGGCUCUUACGCUCGCAUGAAGAAUCAUAUGGUCAGCCACGUCGAGACCUCCAGCGCUACCAUGUUCCGCUACUCCACUGAUAGCGUCAAGGAGCAGCUUGAGGCGUUAUGCCGACGACUUCAGGACGAAUUGACUACGCAAGUUCAAGACAUCUAUAGCCUGCUCGCCCGCGACUAUCUGCAUGUCCUCAUCGGUGUCGACAAGGAUCCCAAGCCUACCGGCCUCUCCCGUGCUGAGCGACUGCUUCGCGCAGAGAUGUACCAUAAGCUGGAGCAGACAGCCAAACGCUUCGCCAGACCUAGCCAGGACGCAGGCGCAGAUUCCGCAAAUACUCCCGGCGUGGGCGAAAGUGACGACCCGUUUGCAGACUCGGCUAUAGCUGAUGUGGACGAUCUUUUGUUAGCCCAGCUCUGCGGUGGUACCGUGGAGGGUGUUGGUGCCCAAGAAGCCGUCAAGAGCGAGCCUUCUGUAUGAUUCAUUCUGGUGCCCAUUUGCGCCAUCUUUCGGAGGGAAAGCGACGGCGGAUUUCGGGACUCUUGUACAUUAUUGGGCCUCGAGGCGUGGUUUCCUCGUGUUGCUCGUGUUUUAUUAGCUACCUCUGCAAAGUAGCUCCUCUAGCGUGAGAUGGAUACGGCAAUGGGAGUUAUGUGGUCCGGUUGCAUAGAUAUCCAAAAUGAUUACCU